UAGAGAAAAUAAGAAACCGAAAAGCAAAUGUUUAAAAUACUGUAUAACGUGGUUUGUUUCUAUCUGACAAUCUGUUUAUCGAAGUCUGUGAUUAACCUUCAAUAUUUUCAUCGUAGCUUAUUGAACCAGUGGUUCUUAAUCUGUAUUAAUAACAAUGGAUUGUAAUCAAGUCAGACAAAAGUUUAUAGACUUUUUCAUGAAAAAAUAUAAUCAUGAAUUCGUUCCAUCUUCAUCAGUUAUUCCCUUAGAUGACCCAACUUUAUUAUUUGCUAAUGCUGGUAUGAAUCAGUAUAAACCAAUUUUUCUGGGAACUGUUGAUCCUAAUAGUGACCAAGCCAAAUAUAAAAGGACAUGUAACUCGCAAAAGUGUAUCCGUGCCGGUGGCAAGCACAACGAUUUGGAUGAUGUUGGUAAAGAUGUUUACCAUCACACUUUCUUCGAAAUGUUGGGUAACUGGUCUUUCGGAGAUUAUUUCAAAAAAGAAAUCUGCAAAUGGGCUUGGGAACUUUUAACCGAAGAGUAUGGUUUGGAUAAAGAUAGACUUUAUGUAACUUAUUUUGGUGGAGCACCUCAACUAGGUUUAGAUCCUGAUGAAGAGUGUCGAUCUAUUUGGGUUGAUGAUGUUGGUGUUGAUCCAUCUAAAGUUAUUCCUGGAAGUAUGAAAGACAAUUUUUGGGAAAUGGGUGAUACAGGUCCUUGUGGUCCAUGUAGUGAAAUUCAUUUUGACAGGAUUGGUGGUCGUAAUGCAUCAGAUCUGGUCAACAUGGACGAUCCUGAUGUGCUGGAGAUUUGGAAUCUAGUUUUUAUUCAAUACAACCGAGAACAAGAUUCUUCUCUUAAACCCUUGCCUAAACAGCAUGUCGAUACUGGUAUGGGUUUCGAAAGAAUUACUUCUGUAAUUCAAAAUAAACGUUCCAAUUAUGACACCGAUAUUUUUGUACCAAUUUUCGAGACUGUUUCCCAAAUGACAGGAUGCCGUCCUUACACUGGAAAGGUUGGACCUGAAGAUACUGAUGGUAUUGACAUGGCUUAUCGUGUUAUAGCCGAUCAUGCACGUACAUUAACAGUCGCUUUAUCUGAUGGAGGAAGACCAGACAACGUUGGUCGUGGUUAUGUACUCCGGCGUAUAUUGCGUCGAGCUGUUCGUUAUGGUACAGAAAAGCUUGGUGCUAAGCCAGGAAUGUUUGCUUCUCUUGUACCAGUUGUUGUGCAAAUUUUAGGUGACUUUUUCCCAGAGAUGAAAAAAGACCCGCAAACUGUGAUGGACAUAAUUAAUGAAGAAGAGACACAAUUUCUCAAAACAUUGUCAAGAGGUCGACGUUUGCUUGAGCGAACCAUUGCAAAACUCGGUGAUUCUAAAAUCCUUCCUGGAGAUAUUGCAUGGAGAUUGUAUGAUACUUACGGUUUCCCUCUGGAUUUAACUCAUUUAAUGGUGGAAGAAAAGAACCUCUCAAUCGAUAUGGCUGGAUAUGAAGCUGCCAAAGCUAAAGCUCAAGCUUCAUCUCAUUCAAAGACAUCAAGUCAACAGUCACCCAUUGAAUUAAAUGUUCAUUCCAUUGCUGAGCUCAAAGAUCAGCUGAAAGUUCCCUUGACCAAUGAUGAACCUAAAUAUGAUUACAAAGCCAAUAGUGAUGAGCCAAAUGCUGAUUAUAUUUUCACCCCAUGCUCAGGACGUAUUUUAGCUUUACGUAAAGAUAAUGCAUUUGUGGAUUCCGUUGAUUCUGGCAUUGAAUGCGGUGUUAUUUUGGAUAAAACAAGUUUUUAUGCUGAAGCUGGUGGCCAAAUUUUUGACACUGGAUUCAUGACCAAAGAAAGUUUAGGUGGAGAUGAAGAAGAUAGCGAGUUUGAAGUGAGGGAUGUCAAAUGUCAAGGAGGUUAUAUCGUUCACUUGGGUAAUGUAGCAUCUGGAGUUUUAAAAGUUGGAGAUGUUAUGAAACUACAGAUUGAUCAACAAAGAAGGAAAUAUAUUAUGAGCAAUCAUACCGGUACUCAUGUCCUCAACUAUGCAUUGAGAUCUGUUUUAAAAGCAGAAAGUGAUCAACGAGGCUCUUUGGUUGCUCCAGAUCGAUUAAGAUUUGACUUUACUAAUAAAGGUCCAAUGAGUCCAAGUCAAGUUAAAGAAACUGAACAGGUAUCACAGAAAGUUAUUGCCAAAAAUGAAAUUGUUUAUGCUGCAGAUGCAUCGCUUCCCAAAGCCAAGGAAAUUAAAGGAUUGAGAGCUGUUUUUGAUGAAGCAUAUCCUGAUCCCGUUAGAGUUGUUUCAAUCGGUGUUCCUAUUGAUACUUUGUUAAAUAAUCCAGAUAGUGACAGUGGCUUAGAAACAUCUGUUGAAUUCUGCGGAGGUACUCAUCUCAAAAGAAGUGGACACAUCGGUGAUUUUGUGAUCUCAAGUGAAGAAGCCAUAUCCAAAGGUAUUCGUCGGAUAAUAGCUCUAACAGGUCCAGAAGCUAGUAGAGCAAUCAAGAAGUCGGCUCUUUUCCAGAAUGAGGCUGAAAUUAUUGCUGAAAAAGUCAAUUCCGUAACCAACAACGCAAAUGAACAGAAAAAAAUCGUUAAGCGUAUUGUUGAGCUAAUUGAAGAAGUUUCCCAAUCCAAUAUCUCUUAUUGGAAAAAAGAUGAACUUCGAAAUUAUCUUAAUGCUUCUAAAAAGAAACUUGAUGAUGCAGAUCGUGCCUCGAAAGCUGCUAAUCUUAACCAAGUUACUGAACAAGUAAAAAUUCUUGCUGAAAGUUUGAAAGAUGCUCCAUUUGUAGUUAAAGCUUUGGAAGCUGGAAGUAAUGCAAAAGCUCUCGAUGCAGCUGUUAAACAAAUUAAAUCAAUUUCACCUAAGACUGCAGCUAUGUUCAUCAGUUGUGAUGAUAAGAAAAUAAUUUGUUUAGCUUCAGUUCCAUCUGAAACAGUCUCUACAUCAGGAUUGAAAGCCAAUGAAUGGGUGCAACAAGUUAGUCCAAUUAUAAACGGUAAAGGUGGUGGUAAACCAGAGUCUGCUCAAGCUUCGGGAACCAAUGUAAAUGCCAUUGAUGCUGCUGUAGAAGCUGCUGAAAAAUUCGCAAAAAUGAAACUCAAUUAAUUUAAUUGAAAGAAGAUAGAAGAAUAAAUAUAAAAUAAAUAAAAUUUUAAACAUUUAAAAUGAUUUUAAA